AUGGGAAUGCUAAAUGUGGGUUCCAAUGAUGUAAGGAUCAUGGGGAUUCACGGAAUGGGUGACAUUGGCAAGACCACUCUAGCCAAGGUUGUUUUCAACCAGCUUUCAAGUCGUUUUGAGUACUGUAGCUUCCUCGCAGAUGUUGUCGACAUCAUUGGAGGCCUUCCUUUAGCUCUUGAGACCAUAGGUUCAUUUCUAUCUGGGAAAACAAAAAAAGUUUGGGAUGACACGUUGAAGAAGUUGGAAAAAGUUCCUCGCAAUGAAGUUGAGAAAAAGUUGAGGAUAAGCUACGAUGCUCUAGAUCACUGGCAGAAACAGAUCUUUCUUGACAUAGUAUGUCUGUUUAUUGGAUUUGACAGGAGAAUUGUAGUUCACUUAUGGGAUGACGCUGAUUUUUUCCCAGAGGAAGGUAUUGAAGUCGUUCGUCUCAUGUCUCUGAUAAAGAUUGGUGAUGAUAACAAGCUGUGGAUGCACAACCAGCUUAGAGAUCUUGGUCGAGAAAUUGUUCGACAAGAAAGUAACAUGGAAUUUGGGAGGCACAGUAGAUUAUGGAACCAUGAGGAAGCAUUGCAGAUAUUAAUACAUAACAAGGUAAAGCGAUUUCCUCUUUGA